AUGGGAGAUGCUCCUCCUGGCUGGAGGGAAGAUGAGUUUCCUGGGACAGGUGAGGGGAAAGCAAAAAGGAGAAAUCCUCUUCAUGAUUUCAAGAAAACAGGAGAGAUGAUGCUCAUUAAAGUAAACAAAUCACUGGAAGUAAAAACCAAGCUGUUAAAUACCACGGAGCAAUGUGCCAAGAGAUGCAAUAGGAACAAAGGCCUUUCAUUCACUUGCAAGGCCUUUGCUUAUGACAGAGUUACAAAACGAUGCCAUUGGUUAUCCUUCACCAGCUUGACAAAUGGUGUGAGAAAGAAGCAAGACCAUGCGUUUGAUCUCUAUGAAAAGAAGGACUAUGUUAGGAACUGUAUCAUCGGAAAAGGUGCAAACUACAAAGGCACAAUAUCUGUUACGAGAAGCGGGAUCCAGUGUCAGGCCUGGAAUUCCAUGAUCCCCCAUGAGCACAGCUUUUUGCCUUCGAGCUAUCGGGGUAAAGACCUGCGGGAAAACUACUGCCGAAAUCCCCGAGGGGAAGAGGGAGGGCCCUGGUGCUUCACUACCAGCCCCGAGACGCGCCAUGAGGUCUGCGACAUCCCCCUCUGCUCGGCAGUUGAAUGCAUGACCUGCAAUGGAGAAAGUUACAGAGGACCAAUGGACCACACUGAGUCAGGCAAGGAGUGUCAGCGCUGGGAUCUCCAGAGGCCACACAAGCACAAAUUUCGUCCAGAGAGAUAUCCUGACAAGGGCUUUGAUGAUAAUUACUGCCGCAAUCCUGAUGGCAAGCUGCGACCGUGGUGCUACACUCUUGACCCUAACACCCCCUGGGAGUUCUGUGCAAUUAAAACGUGUGAUCCGAGCGUUGUGAACAGCACGGACGCAGCGGCUGAGACACUGACGUGUAGCCAGGGCCAGGGCGAGGGCUACCGUGGCACCGUGAGCACCAUCUGGAGCGGCGUGCCGUGCCAGCGGUGGGACUCCCAGUUCCCGCACCAGCACAAUAUCACUCCAGAGAACUUCAAGUGCAAGGAUUUGAGGGAGAACUACUGCCGAAAUCCAGAUGGAUCUGAAUCACCCUGGUGUUUUACUACUGACCCAAACAUCCGGAUUGGUUAUUGCUCCCAGAUCCCUAAGUGUGAUAUCUCAAAUGAACAAGAUUGUUAUCGUGGCAAUGGCAAGAGUUACAUGGGAAAUUUAUCCAAGACAAGAUUUGGACUAACUUGCUCCACAUGGGACAAGAAUAUUGAAGACUUACGUAGGCAUAUACCAAUAUUCAGAGAACCAGAUGUUAGUAAACUGAAGAAAAACUAUUGCCGCAAUCCAGAUGAUGAUGCUCAUGGUCCCUGGUGUUACACAGAUGAUCCUCUUGUUCCCUGGGAUUACUGUCCUAUUUCUCGGUGUGAAGGUGAUACAACUCCUAUCACAACCAAUUUAGAUGAUACUGUCAUUCCUUGUGCCUCAACAAAACAGGUGAGAGUUGUAAAUGGAAACCCAACACAGACUAACAAAGGAUGGAUGGUUAGUCUGACAUACAGGAAUAAACAUAUCUGUGGAGGCUCUUUGAUAAAGGAAGACUGGGUUCUAACAGCAAGACAGUGUUUCCCUUCUCGGUACAAAGAUUUGAAAGAUUAUGAAGCCUGGCUUGGAGUCCAUAAUAUCAAAGGAAGGGGAGAGGAGAAGCAUAAACAAGUUCGGAAUAUUUCCCAGUUGGUCUAUGGGCCCGAAGGGUCGGACUUGGUCUUACUGAAACUUAGCAGACCUGCCAUAUUGACAAAUUUUGUAGAUAUAAUACGAUUGCCUAUUUCUGGAUGCACCAUUCCAGAGAAGACUGCUUGCAGUGUUUAUGGCUGGGGAUACACUGGAUUAGUUCACUACGAUGGCCUUCUCCGGGCAGCAAACCUGUUUAUUUUGGGAAAUGAGAAAUGCAACCAGUAUCUCAAAGGGAAGAUCACUGUGAAUGAGUCAGAAAUCUGUGCUGCAGCUGAAACCGUCGGUGCCGGGCCAUGUGAGAGAGAUUAUGGUGGUCCCUUGGUUUGUGAACAAAACAGGGUGAAGAUUGUCGUGGGGGUGAUUGUUCCCGGCCGUGGAUGUGCCAUCCGAAAUCGCCCUGGGAUUUUUGUUCGGGUGGCAUUUUACUCCAAGUGGAUACGCAAGAUUCUGCUGACCUACAGAUGAGUUGCAACUCAAUGCCCUGCAGACCUCAACAACUACCAAUCACAGAAUGAUUUUGGACAGAAUGAAAUUAAUGUAUAAUGUAAAGAUCAAUAAUUUUAACUACUUGAUAGUCAAGUUUUUGAGCUUUUAAUAUUUAUG